AUGACAAGCUCCUCUCUGCUCCUGCCCCCAGCUUUGGUUUCCAAGUGCUGGGGUCCUUAUGCUGUGACUUGGUGUUUCUGCUCUCACAGGGGACAGGCUUCUGCUCCUACAGGGACUAUUUGGCUUAUAUCCUAAGUUCAGGUAUUCCUCCAGGUCCCCAUUUCAGGAAACACCCAAGUCUCCCUGGCAACCUUCCCCUCCAGCUUCAAACAGAAGGCUGCUGAUGGGGACAUUGGGAUGGAGACCUGGGACUUGAACUUGUGUUUUCCAGGCUGUUUGUCUCUGACGGGCCCCAGCUCUGCAAGCGGCACGGAGGGGGGCUCUCUGAGUGUGUGGUGUCGGUAUGAGAGCACGUACAAGGAACAUAAAAAAUACUGGUGCUGAGGAGAGUAUGACACGUCAUGUGAGAGCAUCGUGGAGACCAAGGGAGGAGAGAACGUGCAGAGGAAUGGCCACGUGUCCAUUAGAGACCGCCCGAAGGCUCUCGGCUUCACUGUGACCAUGCAGAGCCUCAGUGAAGAUGAUGCUGGGUCUUAAUGGUGCAAAAUUCAGACAGUGUGGAUCCUGGAUUCAUGGUCACACGAUCCCUCGACCCCAGUUAGGGUGUAUGUUUCCCCAGGUAAGAGCGCCCCUUGUUCCGGCAGCAGGGCUUUGGGGUAUGACUGGACCGGAGAACGAGGGUGGACAGCACACUGAAGUGUGUCUGCGAGUCUCUUGUCGUCAGUCUCAGUGGUGUUGGGAUGUGCCUAUGGCAUGUGCAGGGAGAGAGGUGGCUGAUCCUUCAGCCUUGGUUGGGCUGGGGGCUGCCAAGCUCAGGCUCUGUCACUCCCAUAGGGCCCGGGCUUCACUCCAUUACCCAGCACAGAGGAGGCCCCUUCAUGCUGAGCCAGAGCUGUUUCCACCAUGCCCUUUGGGAAGCCUGUUCCAAAGAAGACACACUCCCGUACAUGUGCAGCCUCCUCACAGAGCAUCCCCCUACCGUGUUGUCUUGCUUGGGAAGACCUUCUUUUACUUAUUUAUUUAGAGACAGAGUUUUGCGC